GGUCUGAACCAUACAUCAGCACGGCGUUAUGGCCUCAGUGGAUGGUGAAGCCGCUGAGCGAGAAGAGCGCCUCAAGUCCGCACUGUGGUACUCGAUCGGCCAGUUCGUCGACGAUGCUCUCCUCGCCGACGACAUGAAUGCAACACCGCAGUUCAUUGGUGCUUUGACUGAGCUGGUCUACACACAGAUUGCCAAUACGUCUCGCGACCUCGAAACCUUCUCCCGUCAUGCCGGCCGCAAAGCUGUCAAUAACGACGAUGUAAUGCUACUCACGCGGCGCAACGAAGCCCUUGAAGACAUCCUUCGGCGGGAGCUGGACCAAAUGAAGGCUGCUGAAGGACGGGGAGAGCAACAACAAACCGUUACUACAGGGAAGAAACGAGGCAGGCCUUCUGGCGGCGGCAAAGGGAAGGGGAAAGCCUAAGACAACGUCUGAACUAGUUCUCGAUACGCUGUGUUUUGGGCGUUGAUUUGACAUGAUACCCGUGGGCAGGCGCAGCUCACACACGGACCUAGAAGCAAUGAUGCACUUUGAAAGUCAAACAAUAGAAUGCAGAGAGUGCAGAGAGUGCAGAGAGUGCAUGUAUCCAAGCAUCCACUCAGCAUGAUAAAGCCCCUGCGUCCUGUGCUGUUCCGUGUGCAAGUCACCCACCAGCUGAAGGGACUCACAGCACAAACAUUGCUCACCAAGCCUUCUCAAACAUAGGUAUCGUUGCACCCUAGUAUUUCUCUCUCGUUGCAUUCGCCAUUUCGUUAGGUACUCCAGCUUCCACCGCUCACGUGCAUUUUGCCCCCC